AAAGAUCUUAUGAAAAUUGGAAAAACUGUCUGGUGAAGAAGAAAUAGUAGCAUACCUCCUUACUAGAUAAAUUCUCGGUGUUGUUGAUGAUAACCUUAGAGAAAAGGGUUUCCAGAAUAAAGUUAAAGCGGUACAGAUUUGGGAAGGAACAAAAACGAAACAAAUUUACUUGGACUUUUAAAGAUCCAUUAUAGAUCAAAGUUGAAUUUUGGUUAUCACUCCAUUCUGUUCAAUAAGAUAAGCUCAGAAAAGUGAAUAUCAGAAGAAGCAAGGAAUCUACUCAAGUCAUUCGAAUCCUCCUAAUUCUUCUAUUUUAUUCUCUAUUCUCUAUCCUUUUUUUCUCCUUGAAGUUAAAGUCACGUCAGUUGGUGGCUUGCUGGAGAAUCAGCCGUCCAUAAGAGAAAAAGAUAUUUGGGGAGGAGCAAGGCACACGAGAAGGAAAAGCAAUACUUUCCCUACCUGGCUAUAUACUAUAGGUACCUAGGUAGCUCAGAAAGUAACCCAAAAAACCAGGUCACGAGAUACCUAGGUAUAUCAUCAUGUUCAUUCUCGUGAGUACUUCCUUCCUUCCUAGAUUAGGGAAUAAGAUUCCAACUCUAACAUUCAUUUUCGAAAGACCAAAAUUGCCGAUUUAGUCCAAAUCGCGCCUCAAGAUUUGGGAAAGAAUGCUAGUCAAGCAAUUGAGGAUAAUAUCAAUCUUAAAUAUGCCAACAAAGUGAUUCAAAAGAUUGGUCUCUGUAUAUGCUUCUAUGAUCUGCUCUCGGCUUCGGAAGGUCUGAUUGGACAUGGUGAUGGUCUUGUGAAUGUCAAUGGUACAUGGUUCCUGGAAAUCAUCACAGCCUUUAUGUUUUGCUAACCACUUAGCAGUUGAAUUCCGAAUUGUUGUAUUUAGACCGUUCAAAUUUGAAAUUAUGACAGGGAGAAUCAGUAGCUCCAUUGAGAGUGGUAUUAGAGGUUAGUUUACAUAUGAUAUGCCAGUUAUCUUAAGCUCUACUGACGGCAUUAAGUUCGUACUCAUUUCUUCGAUGAAAUUUUCGUUCCCGCAAAAAUGCUACCAGAUGGUUCACACUUGUAAGUCUGCUUCCUCCUUUCCUUCUCCACACCCGGCUAUUAAUCAUCAUCCAGUGACCAUAACGAGCAAGUCUUUGUCUGGCAGACCGAAGACGGUACACAACUUUUCUUCGAUAACCAGGAAACAGUGCGAUUUCGGGUGGAUUCUGAGCAAUGGAAUGAUCAAGCACCAUUGGGACCCGACAAGCAAGAUGACAAUGAGGAAUCACGAGUAGUUGAAUCACCUUAUAAGAUAGUAGCUUCGAUGGAAGAGGUUGGAUUAGGGCCUUGCUUAUGGUGGGACUAGGGAGGAACAGAAAUCUGAGUAGUAGGAUUCAAGGGGAAUGAAAAAGUUGCGGUAGCAACAUACUGUAUUGGUGGCGUUUGGGAAACAGUCUAGGAUCUGGAGUUCACUGAGAAUCAAUAUGUUCUGCUCUCAUGUAUAUAGCAUUAUGGAAGAAGCGGCUUCGACAACCAAGAC